GUGCUCGUUCGGUGCGGACCUGGUACCUCUUUUGUGAAGCGGCAGCUGAGGAGACUCCGGCGCUCACCAUGGCCGACGAAAAGCCCAAGGAAGGAGUCAAGACUGAGAACAACGAUCAUAUUAAUUUGAAGGUGGUGGGGCAGGAUGGUUCUGUGGUGCAGUUUAAGAUUAAGAGGCACACGCCACUUAGUAAACUAAUGAAAGCCUAUUGUGAACGACAGGACACACCUGUACAGCUGGAAAUGGAGGAUGAAGAUACAAUUGAUGUGUUCCAGCAGCAGACAGGAGGUGUCUACUAAAAAGGGAACCUGCUACUUUACU